AUGGAAAGAACGGACUGUUUGGCAGCACCUCUAAAGUCUCAAUAUGAUGGAGGAAUAGUUGUAAACCCAGAGUUCAAUGAGGGUUUGAAGGGUUGGACACAAUUUGGAGAUAUAAAUAUAGAGCAUCAACAAUCUGAUGAUGGAAACAAAUACAUUGUUGCAUCUCAGCGAAAUCAAUCUUUUCAUAGUUUGUCACAAACCUUCAUUCUCGAAAAUGACAAACUCUACACUUUCUCUGCUUGGUUACAAGUAAGCCAUGGACAAGCUGACAUAGCAGCAAUUUUCAAGACCAACACGAGCUACGUUACGGCCGGAUGGGUCACGGCCCAAAAGGGGUGUUGGUCCUUUUUGAAGGGUGGCUUAACAGUCACUGCUUCCGGCCCAGCCCAACUCUAUUUUGAGAGCCAAAAUUCAGGAGUUGAUAUUUGGGCAGACAGCAUCUCAUUGCAGCCAUUUACUCAGGAAGAGUGGACAUCUCACCAACAAGAAAGCAUUGAAAAGGCACGCAAAGGAAGGGUUAAAUUGCAGGCGGUGGACCAGCACGGCCGACCCCUCCCGAACGCUACCGUCUCCAUAGAGCAGAUCCGCGGCGGAUUCCCUUUCGGCGCCGCCAUCAACAAGAACAUCCUCGGCAACUCCGCCUACCAGAACUGGUUCUUCUCCCGCUUCAAGCACACCGUCUUCGAGAACGAGCUCAAAUGGUACGCCAACGAGCCUUCCCGGGGCUCCGAGGACUACUCCGCCUCCGACGCCCUCGUCCGCCUCGCCAAAUCGCGCGGCGUCGCCAUCCGCGGCCACAACGUGCUCUGGGCCGACCCAAGGUACCAGCCGGGCUGGGUCGGCGGUCUCUCUCCGGCCGACCUCCGGGCCGCCGCCACAAAGAGGAUAAAAUCGGUGGUGGGCCGGUACAGGGGGCAGCUCAUCCACUGGGACGUCGUGAACGAGAAUCUGCACUCCAACUUUUUCGAGGGCAAAUUGGGAAAUCAGGCUUCUCGGAUGUUUUAUUCGACGGCGAACCGGAUCGACGGCCGGGCGACGCCGUUUCUGAACGAUUACAAUACAAUUGAGGACGGCCGUGAUGGGGCUUCGUCGCCGGCUAAGUAUUUGGGGAAGAUUAGGGAGUUUAGGGCCCAGGGCUAUAAUGGGCCGCUAGGUAUUGGGCUUGAGGGCCACUUUUCGAAUGCCAAUUUACCUUAUAUUAGGUCUGCUAUUGAUACACUCGCUUCCGCCAGGCUCCCCAUUUGGGUUACCGAGUUGGACGUUACGUCUGGGCCUAACCAGGCAUCAUUUUUGGAUCAAAUUCUGCGUGAGAUUCAUUCACACCCGGCCGUGCAAGGCAUAGUACUUUGGGUGGCCUGGAGUCCACAGGGAUGCUACAGAAUGUGCCUCACAGACAAUAAUUUCCAAAACUUAGCCACCGGUAAUGUUGUCGACAAGUUUAGAGGUCUACUGGCCCAUGCCGAUUAUCUCCCAGAAACUACUGAUUCUGAGGGAUUUUACGAGGGCUCGUUUUAUCACGGCGAAUAUGAAGUGACAAUAAGCCACCCGAACGGCGUACAAGUUUCCGAUUCUCGGGUUAUUAAUGUUGCGCCGCAAGCACAAGCUGGAGACGUUCAUCGUUUCCGAUUCUCGGGUUAUUAA